AUGGAUCCAGCUAAGAUGAAAGUGGUAGAUCUAAGAUCCGAGUUAGGCGCUCUGGGCUUGGAUACGAAGGGUAACAAACCGGCAUUAGUGGAAAGAUUGAAAAAGGCUUUGGAAGCUAAGACCGGAAAAGCGGUACUCGAUACAACGAUUCUCGAUACUUCAACUGAGGAUGUCGAUGAACCGGCAACUCCAAGGAGAUCCCCGGCUGCCCGAGCUACAAGACGUUCUUCAUCUUCAAGGAUAUGUGCAACACCAGCUAAGAUACCAAGAGAGGAUCCUCCGAAACCUAUCCAGGAGGAACCAAAAGAAACGGCCGAGGAACCAGAAGAUAAACCUGAACCGGUUAAACCUGAACCAUUACCCGAACCUACACCUGAACCAAACCAAGAAAUUCCCAUGGAAGAACCGAUUCCAGAAGAAAAACCAGCUCCCACACCGGAACAGGCUCCUGAACCGGUUCCACAACCAAUUCCAGAACCGGUUCCGGAACCUAUUCCAGAACAAGUGAAAGAAGAUGAACCUUCAGAUAAUAAGGAACCCAAAUCAGAUGAAAUGUACAACAUUGAUGACCUAAGUCAAUCCCCGAUAAAUGAAAAUAAUGAUGAUGAAAAAGAGAUCAUUGACGAUAAAGAUAACGACCAACAGGAGGAACAGGAGAAAGAUGUUGAGAACAAUGAACACGGAGAUGAAGAUGAGAAGAAUGAUAUGGAUGAAAGGAGAGAGUUGUAUCUCGAGCACCAGAGAGAGAAAGAAUUAUCUGAGCAAGAAGAGUGGGAUCAACUGAACGAGAGACUGGUGCAGAAAGAGAAGGAGAGAGUGGAGAGAGAGAAGGAAGAGGCAGAGGAAGAAGCUAAGAAGAUGGAGGAAAUUAGUAAAGAUCCAAUUAAAUUGCAGCGUCUUAAACGCAAACAAGAGAAGAAAUCUCGUUGGACCAACUUCUAUAAAGCCGUUGAAGUUACUAACCAAGUUCUCGCUCCACCGACUGAGGAACCUCCAGACAGUAAACAGAAGGAGGAAACGGAAACGGCCGUUCCCGAACCGGAACUUGAUGAUAAUAAAGUUACAUUAUCAUGGUAUGACAGUGACCUCAACCAGUACUUGGAGCUUCCCGAACUGAACUCAGUGAUUCCUCUCAACGAAGGAGCCUUCGCGUACGCAUGGGCCGGGGCGCGCGCCACGCACGGCGUUACACACGGACGACUGUGCUAUGAGGUGAGGGUUGGUUCCCUAGUGACAAGUACUGAAAGUGCUGAAAAGGAACCUCUAACAACUGGCUUGAGAGUUGGAUGGUCUACUGAUGAUAGCUCCCUACAUCUGGGUGAUAAUUCACUUAGUUGGGGCUAUGAAAGUACCGGUCGAGCUGUGACUAACUCAGAGUUCAAGGCAUACGGGAAACAGUUCAACGAAAAAGAUGUUAUUGGAUGUUAUUUGGAUCUAGACUCAACGCCCUGUCAAAUGUCGUACACGUUGAAUGGGGAAGAACUAGGAACUGCCUUUGAAUUUGAUAAGGAGAUAUUAGAAGGGAGAGCGAUUUUUCCUCACGUAUUAACGAAAAACAUGUGUUACAAAGUUAACUUGGGAUACGAUCGCUACACCAUGCUAACGAAAACUAAAAUAGUACGCAAUCGUGUUGAAAUACCGAUAGAACAAGUUUUAGAAGAGAAAAGAAUAAAAGAAGAGAAAACGAAGCAAAAUAAAGAAGAUGAAACUAAAAUUACUACGGAAAAAAGUGACAAUAAGAAUGAGGAAAUACAAAAAAAUGAAGAAAAUAAAGACGAAAUACAAGAAAAGAAUGAUAAAGAAGGAGAGAUGGAAGUUGAUCAAGAAAAUGAUAAAGAAAAUAUAAAGAACGAACAAGAAGCAGAAGACAAACAAGAAGAUACAGAUAUGAAUAAAGAAGGAGAUGAUAAACAACUUAAUGAAAACGGUGAGAAAGAUGAAAAAGUGGUUACAAAUGAAGCAAUGGAGACCAAUGAUACAGAAGCUGGCUCGGGGAACGAUGAAAACUCUGAAAUUCAAGAAGUUACUGAGGAGCAAGUGAUGGGAGGACUUGUAUUGGACAAACGGAUCAAAUUUGUUAUAAGAUACACAGUAGAGGAAGAAUUGGAUGGACCAGAAUUGAGCAUCCUCCCAGGAUAUGAGUUUAUAGCUAAAGGAGAUUUGGUGGACGGACCAAGACGACCGAGCAGUUGUGGAGAAUGUGAGGUUAUAUUAAUGGUGGGUAUGCCAGGUUCAGGAAAAACUUACUGGGCAAAACAACACUGUGCUAAGAACCCAGAGAAGAGAUAUAAUAUACUAUCAACGGGAGCUUUGUUUGAACGAAUGAAGGUGGAUUGUAAGUCAUUCCGUACAUCAUACGAAGGUAAAUGGGACGCAAUGGUGACGAAGUGCGCUAAAUGUGUUGUUAAGUUACUGGAAAUAGCAAAAGGCAGGAGGAGGAAUUUCAUAUUAGAUCAGACGAACGUAUACCCAUCGGCUCAGCGUCGUAAACUACGCGAGUUCACCGGCUAUCGUCGUAUAGCGGCCGUAGUGGUUGUUAGUGAGGACGAACAGAAACAAAGAGCCGCGGCCAGGGAGGCGGCCGAUGGGAAGGAGGUGCCUGACGCUGCUAUACUGGAUAUGAAAGCGAACUUCACGUUACCCGAAAAGGGUUCGUUCGUCGAUGAAGUUAUAUAUACGGAACUCAACGAGGAAGAAGCGAGGAAGGUUCUAGAGACUUAUCAUUCUGAAGCAGCCGCGGCCGGCGCUUUGAAGGAGAGGGACAAGCGGGCGCGAUCAACUUCAAGAGAUACAGGGAAGAGGCAGAGGUCGCCUGAUAGGAGGGAACAUAGGAGGCCCCGGGAACAUGGGAGGGAGAGAGAUGAUCGUUGGUCGGGCGGUAGCCGUUGGGGUCCCCCAGCUCCACGCGGUCGUUGGGGUCGAGACAGACCCCCACAUCCUAGAUUUGAUAGGAAUUGGUCACAAAGAAAUGAUUUCGGUCGCGACGGCGGUUUUCGAGGCGGUCGCAUGGGGUCCCGUCAGGAUAGAGGCCCGGGGCCUAACGUGGGAGGACCGGGGCCACGCGGACCUCCCGCGGAGAGGUUCCAGAGGGACCACAGGCCCCCGAACAGAGGCCCGCCCCACCAACAGGAUAAGAGACCUGCCGGACCUCCUCCUGGUUCAUGGCAGAGAGGUUCGGGGCCUCGUGGAGGAGGUCACAUGGGACAUGGGCCAAGACAGGAUAACCAGAAUCAAAAUCAAAAUCACAACCAAAAUCAAAACCAGCAGUGGAACCAGUGGGCUGGCAAUUGGGGAGGUUGGGGGAAUUGGAAUAAUCAAAAUCCAGGAUGGAACAACUGGAACAACUGGUGCUGGGGCAACCAGAACCCUGGCCAGGGGCAGGGACAGGGACAGGUGCAAGGACAGGGACAGGCAGGCGCGGGGAAGGGACCCGCGGGGCAGGGACAGGCAGGGCAGGGACCGGCAGGCCAGGGGCAGGCAGGGCAGGGCUGGCAGAACUACAACGCACAACAGUGGUUCCAGUGGCAGCAGUGGCAACAACAGAACUGGCCUGGGUACGGUCAGCAACAACAACAACAACAGCCGCAAGGUGGCGCCAACAGCGGAGACAACGCUCAGGCGUGGGCGCAGUUCUAUCAGAACUACGGAGCCGGUAACAACGGAAACUCCAACCAAGCCUUGGAAAAGAAGUGA